CCGUGGCCGUCCAUCCGAGAGAGCUGGCACCGUUCCUAUCCUCGGCCGCCUCUCGCCGCCAGUGUCUACCUGUUGCUCGUGCGGCGAGGGCUGUUCGGUCCCGGUUCUACCUGGCGGCCCGAGUCUUCCCACGUCGCGCCUCUUCUCUCCUUUUUGUCUUAUCCCCGCAUGACGCGUCUUUUGAGCUGAAAAUCCGCUCGAGCUACAAGGAAACGAAACAAAAGGCAGCGACUCCCCGUGCUCCUCAUUUUUCUUAUCGCGCGUCUUGUCGUGCGGACGAGCGAUCCGAAUGCGCUCCCGUCGCCCCACCGUCGCGAGUGAUCUAAAUACCUUCGUUAUCACAUCGAUGCUUUUCUUACAAUGAGUCUUGAAGGUAGUUUGUGGGACUGACUCUACUCUUUGUACUUCCUGAGGUUGUUCAUAUAUAACCUUGUGCUGGAUUUAGUUGUGUGUUACGUUAUACGCGAGGGCGAUCGAAAUCCUCUCAAUGCUCCUUGCCUCGCGGAGCGUGAAAUCGGCAUUACUCACGGCGGUCUCGAGCGUGUCACGUGGACGUGACGGUACAAUCGUUACGAAGAAACGGAUUUUCUCGGAGAGCAAACCUUGCCUUGUGUGUUCCGGUUCAGGCGUGUCGCGCGACGAUUAACGGAAGUUCAUGCGAACAGGACGAUUGGCAAUUCGAGCGAUUCGCCUCGAGUGAUCGAUCGCGGAAACGAGCGAACGAAGUGGCGCGUGACAUAUCGGAUGGCGGAGUAUCAACAUUGACAACGUGGUUUCAUCCGAAAGUGAAACCGUACCAGUACGGAUCUGGUCUCGCAGUUGCUGGGUAUGUUUGACGAGCUGGCACGUCGCGGCGAUGGCUACGAAGGUGAUCGCAUGGUCUUGUCGUCCUCUUGCGGCAUACCCGCAGCCCUGCAGAAGCGUCUGAGCAUGGUACCGGUCGCACGUCGGGGUUCCCGGGUGCUUGGUGCUCAGUUUUGUACCAACGGCGACUUGGCCGAGUCCGUCCAGUGCCUGGAGUUGAAGAGUAAGAAGCAGGAAGGCGAAUACGACGGGGGGGUUACGACCGAGAACGACACCGACCACGGUACCAUGACGGUCAUCCCGGUGGUCGCUUUAACGGGGGACGAGCAUAACGACGGGGAAACCGUCGUUGAGAAGCCAACAUACGAAAGGCGGGAGACCAACGGUCUGAGUACUCCACUUAGGUACAACAGACGUCGCAGGAACGGCGGUAGACCGCUCUCCGGAAGUUCCAUCGCGUCCAGCACGUCUUCCAGUAGCUGCAGCAAUCAGGGUAAUACCUGCCCCGCCAAUCCCUACCUGGCAUCCGUCGAGUCCCUCGCCGACACCUGUACCAGCUCUCAGGGUUCCGCGGACAGCGGAGUCGUGACGAUUUCGGAGGCUAGCUGUCGGAUUCUUAACGACGACAACGGACAACGCCGGAGGGACAGCGCCGAGGAGGAGGAUCCCUUGUGCCAUAGGCAGCGCUAUUGCGAUCCGCAGCGCAAUCCCGUGGAGAGGGUGCUUCUCGAGAUCGUGGACACGGAGGCGAUAUACGUCGAGCAUCUGCGCCAGGUUAUUCAGGGAUACCUCAUCUUCUGGAGGGACGAUCCACCGUCGUUCGCGCGUCAGUUGCAGCUCGGUGAUCUGUUUAGCAAUAUCGAGGAUAUCUUCGAGUUUAAUAGGGAAUUUUUGUGGGAGAUAAAGAAAUGCGGCUUGAAUCCCGUUCACGUUGCGAACACGUUCAUCAAGCAUAACUCGGGAUUCAAGGUUUAUACCGAGUACUGUACCAAUUAUCCAAAGACAGUCUCGGUACUGACAGACUUAAUGGGCCAGGAGGAGACCGCGUCCGCUUUUCGCGAACGGCAAGCAGCUCUGGGACACGCGCUGCCCCUCGGAUCCUUCCUUCUAAAGCCCGUCCAAAGGAUCCUGAAAUAUCACCUGCUUCUACAGAAUUUGUCGAAGGAGUAUGGCGCCGAUUGUGAUUCGAGAGAGAAUGAGGCUGAAGGUAGGAGUGCCAUCGAGGCUGCACUUGUCGCGAUGACCGGCAUUGCAAAGCACAUUAACGCCAUGAAGAAGCGACACGAGCACGCUGUACGCGUUCAAGAAAUUCAAUCGCUUCUAUACGGUUGGUCGGGACCAGAUCUAACUACGAGCGGCGAAUUGAUCGCGGAAGGUCGAUUCAGGAUGCGCGGGGCCAAGGCCCCGAGGCAUGCCUUUCUAUUCGAUCGAAUGCUUCUUUUGACGAAGAAGAAAGAGGAUGGCCUUCUCGUCUACAAAACUCAUAUUAUGUGUUCAAAUCUAAUGCUAAUCGAAAGUAUCCCCGGGGAACCACUUAGCUUUCACGUGAUACCCUUUAAUAAUCCUCGGUUGCAGUACACAUUUCAAGCACGCAAUCUAGAACAGAAAAGGGAAUGGACUUUGCAGAUAAAGAACGUGAUAUUAGAAAAUUUUGACGCAGUUAUACCAUCGCAUGCGAGACAAUUAGUGUUACAAUUGGGUCAGACGCAACAGGAAGCAGAUGACGCGUUGGCGGAUAAAGGAUCCGCGAAGAAACAUUCUGCCCCUCCGGAGUACCUGGAGAAACGCAAGCAAGAGAAAGAGAGACGUAAAUCUGAAACUAAUUUGAGGCAAAAGCUUAAAAAAAGCGCUAAGAAAUUCGAUACUACGAUGGAGGGUUCACCCGCGUCAUCACGUAGAAAUGACAAUGAAGACAUCGUCAACGAUUCGAGGGAGAUGACUCUUAACAGAUCUUCGGAUAUACGCUCUUCGAAAGUUAAGGAUCGCUUCAGCGGUUGGAGACGAAAGUCCGAGCCCGGUUUCCAAUCAUACGUGUGCCUCAAUCACUCAGACGAGGAGCAGAAGGAAGAUAUCGCCGGCGAUGCUCAAUCUACUACAAUCGAGACCGAAGAAGCAGCCGAGAUUCAUACCGAGGAGAAGAAUCAGACGGCAAUAUUAAAUUCCUCGCCAAUGGCCGAAGCCAAAGAUAUUAGUAACGAACAAAACACUAAUUCGGCGCAAACGGUGGAAGAGAUUGUCGGUCAUAUUCUUAUGGAGAAUCAAGAGUUUCAAAAGUUGCUGGAAAAACAGCGGAUCAGCAGCACUAUUAAUGUGCGACAGCAACGCUUCAACAAGCGUAUCUCGGCGGAUACGUCGGACGAAAGCGACUCGGAGAACGCUAAUUACAUCACCAGCUCGAACUGUCUUAAUAAUAACAAUAAUAAUAAUAGAUCGGGCCGUACUCGGGCGACGCAUCGGGAGCAGCGAUUAAUUAGAACAAACAAUGCGUGGAAUAUAUUGUCCUCGGCUCCAGCGCGGGAAAACCAACAGCCGCUGCAACUCUUCUACGACAACUUAAAGACCACUCAGAAGGAAACGAUCAUGCAUAACGAUAAGUUGAACCACGCGCAGGAGAAGCGGGCGCUCUUUGACGCGUUCAAACGACAAAGCGUCAUUACCGAAAGUAAAGUUAUCAAGACGGCGCUGCGUAUCCGUGAGAAUCCUACGUCGCUGGGCAACGAAGAGAUCGUCGUACCGUCUCCGACAACGUGCGUGUCGAAUCAUCGGACAAUAGAACGAAAAGAGAUCAAUUCCAUCGUUGAUUCAUCAACGGCGGAACGAAUCGGAAACGAUAGAACGAUGGAACGACAUGACGACGAGAAAAGCGAUGCGACAGAUGCCGAGUCCAAGGACUUCGGCAACUAUGACAAUCUGCAGCACGUUUGGGAAGGUCUGCAGACGGGCAGCGUUGACGGCAACGACAGUCCGACUCGACCCGCCGUUUGGCUCACCAAACUGUGUGAAGGUUUGCCGACUUCUCCACUUAAAUGUGGCUCGCUACCGCGUAGCUUCCAAAUAAGUCCAAAUUCUCAAGCGACGAGUGUGACGAAGUCGCGCUUCCUGCAGCGAGAUGGUAAACCGAUGAGCGAACGGCCGUUCACAAUUGCUUCUGACAAGCCGGCGGAAAUCAAUCUAGAAGACAUGGAGAGAUACGUGUCUACAUGUCAGCCGGAAGGCAGAAUCGCCAAAUUCCCCAUGCCCGUUACCUCGACGAGCUCGUCAACCUUCUUCUGCUCGCUAGAAGAUACGCGAUUGACCGAUGACGCUUAUUCUGACAUACGAAUGUCGACCACCGAUAGUGCAAACAUUCAUCCGGAUCACAAAAUCUAUCGGGCGAAAGGUAACGGUAGCAGCAACGGCAGUACAAUUUUCCGGACUGUCUUCAAAGCGGGCAGUCGUUUGCAGGGUCGUUUAAGAAAUACUAUGAGUACAGAAACGCUUGAAUGUAGCGACGAAGUCGAGCGGACGCGCUAUUUCCGCUCGUUGAGCGGAGGCAAAUAUCCGAAGAGGCGAACCAAGCAGUUAAAGCAACAUGCGAGGGAGCCAUCUUCGGACGUAGAAGAAAUAAUUAGUUGCCCGAAUGAUCAGCGAGUUCCCCCCCAGCUCUACUACAAACAGGGCAGUUCAAGUCUGGGUGCCAGAAUCGCCCAGUCUGAUUACGCCGAUCCGACGAUCCUUUUCGCCGAGAAUAAACGCGCUCAGUCCUCCUCCGUCGGCGUUAAUCACUCCAAGAAGAUUACCGAAUCGGAGAGGAGAGAUGAUCACAUGGAAGAGGAAAUAAACGAUAGCAAGGAUGCGGAGCGUCACGAAAGCGAGACGGAUAGUUUCUAUGAGAGGAGUUUCGAGACCAUUGAGAAUUACGCGGAUGGUGACGUGGAUGAGGCGUUCCGGGACAGUGCAAUAUUCAGCGACGUCGACGAAGUAUUUGUGAUGCGGCAACCAAUAGUGACGACGGCAACGACGGCGGUAAUAACGACGACGACGACGACGACGAUGACGACGACGACGACGACGACGUCGACGACGACGAGGAUGACAACAGCAACAUCGAUGACAAUAACGAAAGCGAAAAUCGCGCCGCCGGUACCCGCCAAGAAAAAGCAACUGAUAUUAGCGAGAUGUAAGCCGAGCGUAGCGCAGAAGCCGGAUUAUUUGAAAUUGAAAUCGCUGUUGGCGAGAAAUCAUGCCGCCGGCGAUUCGGAAGCCAGGAUUACCGCAAGAUUGGUGAACGUUCCUCAUCAGCUGGCUUCACCGAAUGGUUAUAAUCGGAAUAUCGAGGACAGAGAUGAUAUCUCCGUGGGUCAGAGUCAAACUGGUUGGGUGCGGAAAGUAGUAGGUCAAUUGCAAGGUCAUGUCGAAACGUGAUCCAUACUAGACUCGCCUACGGGUGGACCGCUCACGAAAGUCAAGAAAAAUUUCGAGUCAACGUAAAUAAUAUGAAUAGAAGUGAGGCGAGUAAUCUUGUCAAAAGAAAAAUGAAAUGUGUUUUAGAUAAAUGUGUUUUGAUUACUAAUUUUAUAAAAAAAAAAAUGAUGAAUCUGGCUUCUAUUCUUACAUAUAUUGCUAAGAAAUUUUACAACAAUUAAAGAUAAAAACACAAUUUGAUAAAGAAUGAAUAAUUAUGAAUGCAAUUUUAAAAAAAAAAUAUUUUCAUUGUAAUUUUAACAUUUGGAUAUCUUUUGCAUUGAUGAUAAAAUCGUUUGUUUCACUUUUCCGUAUAAUCAUUGUGCCGUGAGGUUGAGGAACUAAUUGGAGUUCUAUUUUUAACUUUUUUUCACAUGUGCCUGAAGAACGAUAUCGAUAUAACGUGAUACCAUUACUUAUAAAUUCAUAUUUUAAUUCAUGAUUGAUAUUUGCGCAAGUAAAGACGGCGCAUUCACGUUCGUGUUAUAGCAACGUAAAAAAUUAAUAUUCAUCUAUAGACUGUUGUAUGUUAAGUAUUGUUUGAUAUUAUCUAUGUUAUAUAGAGAAAGAAUGCAUACAGAGAAAGAACGAUUUUUAAUUAAACGAAACAUUUAAACCAUA